UGACAAGUAAAGCACCUGCACGUAACACGAUGCCUGACACUAUCGACUACGCAGGGAGGCCUUUCGAUAGGGUGCCGUUCGAAUCGGUUCUUCGUCGACGCUUUUUUUUUACCGAAUCAUUCGAAAGUUAUCGCCAAGCUAGCGGCUUCAAGGGCGACAAUCGGGGCCUCUUCGAUUACGGGCCACCUGGCUGUGCUCUACAGGCAAAUAUAGUUGCAUUAUGGCGACAACAUUUUGUGCUUGAGGAGGAAAUGCUAGAGCUAGACUGUACUGCCUUGACACCAGAGGAUGUUUUCAAAACGAGUGGGCACGUGGACAAAUUUGCCGAUUGGAUGUGCAAGGAUCCUGUCAAAGGAGAGUAUCUAAGAGCGGACCACCUGGUUGAAAAUGUUCUCGAGGGCCGCUUGAAAGGUGACAAGACUGCGAGAGGUAUUGCCAUCAAACAGGAGGAAAAAUCAGCAGAUGCGAAGAAGGCUAAGACUGCGGUGAAGGAUGUCAAGGCCGUCAAGUUGGACGAUAAUACUGUUAGAGAAUACGAAGAAAUACUUGCGAAGAUCGACAACUAUGACGGGGAAGCACUCGGGGAGCUGAUCAAGCGUUUCGACAUCCGCAAUCCUGAUGGGAACAAUGAGGUACAACCUCCAAUUCCGUUCAACUUGAUGUUCAAGUCUAGUAUUGGACCUUCUGCUGCAGCGCCAGUAUAUCUAAGACCGGAAACUGCACAAGGCCAAUUCCUCAAUUUCCGCAGGCUGCUAGAGUACAAUAACAAUAGCAUGCCAUUCGCAUCAGCAUCUAUCGGAAAAUCCUACCGGAAUGAGAUCUCGCCGCGAUCCGGCUUGCUUCGAGUGCGCGAAUUCCUCAUGGCAGAAAUCGAGCACUUCGUUGAUCCUCUGAGCGGCAAAAAACAUGAUCGCUUCGAUGAAGUCAAGCACAUCGAACUUGCGCUGCUUGACAGGGAUACCCAACUUGCAGGACAGACUGGUACCGUCCAGGUGCCCAUUGGAUCUGCAGUCGAGCGGAAGAUCGUCGACAACGAAACACUUGGUUACUUUCUUGCACGGGUGCAAUUGUUCCUCGUCAAAAUCGGCAUCGACAUCAAGAAGUUAAGGUUCCGUCAGCAUCUUGCGAAUGAGAUGGCUCAUUAUGCAUGCGAUUGCUGGGAUGCCGAACUCCUCACAAGCUAUGGAUGGAUUGAGUGUGUCGGAUGUGCAGAUCGCAGUGCAUACGACUUGUCAGUACAUGCAAAGCGCACUGGAGAAAAGCUUAUUGUCCAGGAACAGCUCCCUAGCCCUCUAAAAGUAGAGCGUUGGGAGGGCACACUUGAGAAGAAGAAACUGGGACCAAGAUUUCGCAAAGAUGCAAAGUUUGUGGAGAUGGCAGUUUCUGAGCUGGAUCAAGAGUCGCUUGAGAAGCAAGCAGCCAUACUCAAGCAAGAGGGCCGCAUCACACUGACAUCACCAGUACCUCUUGCCGAUGGCUCAGCGACUCUCGACAUCGACAGUGACAUCUUGACAAUAGAGAAAGUUACUAGGAUUGAAAGUGUCAGGGAGUAUGUCCCCAAUGUAAUUGAGCCAUCGUUCGGUAUCGGUCGCAUUUUAUACUCCCUCUUGGAGCAAGUAUAUUGGCAUAGACCUCAAGACUCAGCACGCGGCGUGCUCUCACUACCUCUACCAGUCGCGCCUACUAAGGUUCUGAUUGUUCCACUUUCAUCAAACACGGCCUUCUUACCUAUCGUAAAGAAGAUAUCACAGCGUCUCCGUGCUAUCGGUGUGUCCAGCCGUGCUGACGCGUCCAGUGCGAGUAUCGGGAAGCGAUAUGCACGCAACGACGAGCUUGGCACUCCCCUUGGUAUCACGAUCGAUUUUGACACUGUCAAGAACGGCUCUAUCACGCUUCGUGAGAGAGACGGCACGAAGCAGAUCCGAGCAUCUGAAGACGAAGUCAUUGAUGCUGUCAAGGCUCUGGUUGAUGGUACGGAGGCUCUAGAAGAAGUCUUUAGCCGACUACCAGAAUUCACUGGCCAGGAGACUGAGUGAGAUGGGUGCAUUGAUGCUCUAGGUAUCGGUAGACUACUAUGCGAAUGUCAACCGUGGCAUUAUGUCAAGCGAGAGCAUUCGCCAAUGUAAUUCGAUUGGCUUAUCUAGGUACUCACACUAUCCUAGAGCCUGAAUAUGAGCUUCAACAUCAAGUCGCCUGUUGCCUAUUGUUCCUCCCAUCAUGUUUCAUAUACCUUGUGAUAAAACCAAAGCGCCUAGCACUCGCAAAAGUGCAUGUAUUCAACAGAUUGGUAGUUCCCGUUCUCGCCACUUGCGUGCCAUGCAAUACAGAUUAGAAUAUUCAGUGAAGAAAGUCAGCU